AUGGCCUUCCAAAGGCUUUCUGUUUAUCCUCGGUUACCUCCUCUGGAUCUGUUUGACUGGCGUUUUGAUGAUGCCCCGAAAACAAUCCCGCCGAUAUCUCAAAGCGAAUCCACAUGGACCCAGCCGUUUACAAUCUCUCAGUCCCUUUUUCAUGACCUUCUUGAUGUCAAGGUACCUGUCACAAUAGCUGCCACGUACCUGGUCACCGUCACCAUCCUUAAUCGUGUGAAUGAGAGUCGACAGUAUAAACCCUGGGGGUUUUCCAGAACUUCAACCUUCAAGUUGUUUGUGCUGCUGCACAACAUUUUAUUGGCCACAUUCUCUGCAUGGAUUUUUUAUGGGCUGUUUUGUUCAUUAAGAAGCUGUUGGCCAUCGAAAACAGAGCCGAACUUUUUACCUCGGGCAGCGGAUUCCCUUUGCCGCAUUGCUGGCGAAAAUCCGCCUCGUGGUACGAAUUUCACUCUUGGAAGCAAUCAUGCUCGGUACUUGUUCCAAGAGAGUCUUUUGCUAGACGCCAAUAUGUUCGCCCUUCGCGAUUCAAAUCGUCUAUGGACCACCGGCUAUGCCUAUUUUAGUUGGCUGUUCUACCUAUCGAAGUUCUAUGAAGUGGUUGACACUUUGAUCAUUUUGGCGAAAGGUAAAAGAAGCUCGAUGCUGCAGACAUAUCACCACACCGGCGUUAUGUUUUGCAUGUGGGCAACAGUCCGCUACAUGUCACCACCCGGCCUGGUCGGUAUUUUUUUCAAUUCGGCUAUUCACACUCUCAUGUAUUUUUACUUCGCUUGGACGUCCCUUGGACUUCCAGUUCUCAGAUAUAUCAAACAGGCGUUGACAACGUUACAAAUCACGCAAUUUGUUGUUGGCGGUUUUAUUGCCUGCACUUAUCUCUUCAUUGAGUACGAUUCAUUGGUACAUCGCCUUGGAGAUGAUGGCCAAGGGCUACCACCGGCGAUUACUGAAGAUAUGAGAAUCUCAUCUCCGGUACCAACAAUGUCCAGUGCUCGAGGGGGACAUGAUGAUGGAUUUCACAAUCAUAGUUCUCGGGGUCUUUACGAAGUUCGAAGGACUCCAUGCUUGGAAAGAAGUAGUCAGGCAUUUGCAGUUUGGUUGACAACUCUCUAUAUCCUGCCCCUGAUAUAUCUUUUUUUGUGCUUUUUCAAUCGUUCAUACUUGAAACGUGCCAAGAGCCAUGUUAAGUAG